GUAAUGUAGCUGCACCGGAAGCUACAAGAUCGAGCAUGGCUUACCGGGUGCCGAGGGAAAAACAUGGCGCUGUCUGCUGGAAGAUCCGUGGUAUUCGUAACUGGAAACGCAAAGAAAUUAGAGGAGGUCAUUCAGAUUCUGGGAGACAAGUUUCCUUACAAGCUGGUGUCCAAAAAAAUUGAUUUGCCGGAAUACCAAGGAGAACCGGACGACAUCUCCGUACAGAAAUGCCGAGAAGCAGCCAGGCAGGUGGAUGGGCCAGUUAUUGUGGAGGACACCUGCCUCUGUUUCCGAGCUCUCGGUGGGCUGCCGGGGCCUUACAUAAAAUGGUUCCUAGAUAAGCUUAAGCCAGAAGGACUGUACAAAUUGCUGGCAGGGUUCGAGGACAAGUCUGCAUGGGCCUUGUGUACCUUUGCCUUCUGUGCUGGGAAGGAGGAGCCAGUGCAGCUGUUUAGGGGGAAAACUGAGGGACACAUUGUAGAGCCCCGGGGACCCCGAGACUUUGGGUGGGACCCCUGUUUCCAGCCGGAGGGUUAUGACAAAACCUACGCAGAGCUCCCCAAAGAGGUGAAGAACACCAUCUCCCACCGCUAUCGAGCUCUCGCGGCCAUGUCCGAACACUUCUCCCAGUCAAACGAUGCGCCGGAGAACAAGAAGACGAAGCACGGCGAUUAAUCGCGCUCGCUGGUCUCGAGGUCAGCGAGUAGCGUCGGCCAGACUGUUGCCUGGGUCGACCCACACUGUCGCCCUGGGUUUCGGGGGGUCAGGUGCGUGUUACCGUGACGUACCUCCUUCUGCAUGCCAAGCCUCAUGUUACAGUUUCCCAAGAUUACCACAGCAGCGCUAUGCUCUGUCCACCACAUUAAAUGGUUUUUAAAUGAAUUGUUUCUGCAGUUGGAUUAGAAACGUCAAAUUUGUACCAUUAGAUUUUGUAUUAAAUAACUGCUUUUCCUUUGUAUUAGUACAUGAAUGUGCAUUUCCAAUCAGAGGUAUAUUUAAUCUCAAGCUUGGACGCAAUACUUGGUUAAAAAGGCAUUUUCGUUUCUUACUGUAAAUUAAAAAUACAUUUCCAUAUUCAUGAUCAAAUAUAGCCCUUCAGGUUUGCUUCCUGUUGUUUCCUUGUCUGUAUAUACAUUUAGAAGAAGCCGGUGGUUCACCUUCUUCACCUGUAAAUGGCCUGUAAAUCACCUCAUCUGAUUGGAUACCAAGAAAGCUGCCAUUUUGUCAAGUUGAGUGCCACAGAGGGCAUUGAUAGCCUGCCAUGUUACUACCUGCUUGUACCUCUGAUUAUAAAUGGAAUGCUGUGUCUAUUCUC